CAGUUCUCAGAUUGUCCUGACAUGCUGCCAGGAAACCUUUGAACUCCAAGUCAAACACUCCUGUGGACUGUGAGCACCUCCAGGCAGUUUUUCUUAUUUUCUACCUGCAAGUGGAAUGACUUACAAGGUCUCCGCCUGCGUCCUUUUGACCAAGUACUCCUUUUGAACUCCUCCAUGCCAUCUUUUUAUGUUAGACUUUUACAAUCAAUUACAAAUACAGCAAUACUCAUUCCCACUUACCUGGUACUCCACUAAUAGUCACUCUCCUGUCUGACAGAGCUCCCAGUAGCAUGGCUGUUAACUCAGUUAAGCAACUAGUCACUUACAAGAACCUGCUUUUCCGUUUUCUAAUGAAGACAUGCAAACAUCUGCUUGACUCUGCUCACGGAGUCCAGUUUAUACCAAACUAUGCCUUUUUUGGAGUUGUUGUACUUUUGCCCAUUUGGAAGAAAGCUCGGGAUGCAAUCAAUCCUCCAUGAGUGGAAAGGCUGGAGUGCUCAAAUGGUGCACAGUUGUUUUGGUGACUCAAAUCCUUCCUAGUGAUUCAGCUCUGACAGCUUUGUAAAAGAAGACUGCUCUGCUGAACUAAGCUGGUGACCAAAAACAUGUUUAACACAGGAGUUUCGACCUAUCUGUGCUUGUUUUUUGCCUGCUGCCUCUGCUGCAGCAGAGCUUUGCCGACUAAACUCAACAACGAGGCUGUGAAUGACAGAUCUGUGAUAGGUGUUUUAACUCAGGUUGUUACAGAUGAAAUUAUGAAACCAUUUGGGAGGACUUACAUACCUUCCUCUUACGUGAAAUACAUCGAGUCUGGGGGCAGCAGAGUGAUGCCUAUAAGAUUAACUUUGACUACAUCUGAAUAUGAGAAGAUUUUCAUGAAGAUAAACGGGUUGAUUUUCAUUGGGGGAGAUGCAGAUUUGGAGACUUCAGACUUUGCCCGGGUGGCGAAGAUUUUUUACAGGCUCGCUCUGGCGGAUGGUGUGCAGAACAUGGGCGAUGGCGUCCUCCGUGGAUCUGAUGAGUCAUUAGAAGUGCAGUCCAGCCGGAUGUUCAAUACUUUCCCAGAUGAGCUCAUCAAUGCUUUGACCCAGGAACCUCUGACUGGCAAUUUUCACAACUAUGGAAUUACAAUAAAGGACUUCCAGGAAAAUGAGAUGCUACAGAGUUUCUUCACCAUCUUGUCAACAAACAUAGCUAAGAACGGAGCUCACUUUGUGUCAACUUUCGAAGGUAAAAGAUAUCCUUUCUACGGAGUUCAGUGGCACCCGGAGGUGAAUCGUUUUCAGUGGUACAGAAAGCUGAACUUCCCUCACUCCCGUCACGCUGUGCAGUUAUCGUCGCUGCUAGCUGAAUUUUUUGUCAAUGAAGCAAGGAGAAGUUUCCAUCACUUUGACAGUCCUGCAGAAGAGGAAUCCUCACUGAUUUACAGCUACUCACCUGUCUAUGUCGCAAACAUCACAGCAUAUGAGCAGGCCUACUUCUUCUGAGCUACUCCUGCAGCUGAAUGGAUCUCUGCACAUGUAAAUGUUUAUAUGCUCUAGUGUCUGUAGUACGCUCGUAAAGUCUGCUGGUUUUAAUCCCAGAUAAUCAAAAGUGCUGUUUAAACCUUUGUGCUGAUUCAGAGUAUAUUUGUAUUUCACUAAGGAAGUAUUUUUGCUGGCAGUUAUGGCAUUACCGACCCAGAACUAUUACUUUAAUGGCAAAAAUAACACAUUAAUGUGCUCGUUUAUCAUAGUGAAGUGUGACUGUGUUUGAAGUAGAACAUCAGGAUAGAUUUUAGGAGAACUAGGUCCACGUCUUUUGUACUUGGUUGUCAUUUAAUAAACAAUUUUUUAA